AAUGGAUCCCGAUGCUUAAAUUAAUGAGAGAUACUCAAAAUUAUAAGAGAAAUUGAGCACACUACAGUUUGAAGUAGAUACUACAAAAGAUGCAAAAAUAGACGAAAUUUAUGAUAGAGUUAAUAAAGCACAAAGUGAUUUGAAAGAUAUUAUCAAUAAUUACAGUGAAUAACUUGUAAUAUUUUGUUCUAAAUAUAGGUAUAAUUGACAAGUUAAUUUUCUGAUCUCAACAAAUAAUUCGAAAAGCAAAAUGAAUAAUAUAGUUCUUAGCAUGAAAAAAAACUUAAGGAGAUUAAAAAUUUAGAGAAUAAGCUUUAGAAAAAGCUAGAAGAUGACAUAAAGGCAAACAGAGAAUAAAGUGAUUAAGUCCUAUCAAUCUAUGAUUAAUAAGUAUGUUUCUUAAAAUUACAACUUUAAAGGUCUAAGAUUUACUAUAACAACUAGGAUAAGAAUUAAAGGUUAGAAAUCAACAGGUGAAUAUUAUAAAUACUACUCUUCAAAAUGAUUUACCUGCUUUGUGGUAAUAUAAUGUUUAAGAAAAUUAAGAAAGAGUACAAGAGGAUUAAGAUAUAGUCAAAAGGGCUAGUAAUGAGAUUUCUAAACUGUUUGAAUAGGCAAAUUAAGGAAAAUAAUAAAGGUACACUAAAUCAAUUAAUUUUAUAGAGAAGAUGCAGAUAUGAGUAUGUUUUCAAUGCUGAAAGAAGUGGUAGUAAGAAUCAAGAGUGAAUUAGAAGAGGAAAGACAAUUAAGAAUGGAUGGACAUGAAGCUUUAUUAUCUAUACUUGAAGAAGCUUAUGAGAAAAUGGAAGAAACUCAUGCAAAAGUUUAGUAAUAAAAGGCUGCUUUACAAGAAAAAUGA